GAUAAGUAUAAAAACGGUUCCAUAAUUCGAUACAGACAUCAUUCACUAGUCACCCAGUCAAGUGAAAAGCAAAAUGAAAUUCUUCGUAUUAUUCCUCGUCUUCGUUUCUGCCCAAGCGGCUAGAAUUAAGUUCGCUAGAGUUGAGGCUCCAUAUCCAACAGCUGGUUAUCCUCAAGGACCAUCAUUGAAUCUACCAGGAGAGUACGGACCACCAGAAGACGCUUAUGGAUCUCUAGGAUCAUCUUCCGAAAAACCUGUUGACGCGUACGGUACCCCGGCAAACGGUGCUAAUCCAGAGGAUGCUUAUGGAUCACCAAACAAUCCUGAAGAUGCUUAUGGGUCACCCAAUAAACCAGAAGAUGCUUAUGGAAAACCUGAAAGUGCAUCUGAAGACCCUGAAGAUGCUUAUGGAACUCCAGAAGGGCAAAAACCGACAACUGAAAAGGUAGAUAUUGAAGCAGGUGAAGAAACCGAUUUGCCUGCUGGAGAUAACAUUGCAGUAUCCAACGCUGUAUCCAAUGGCGAAAGAAAAUCUCAGAAGUUGAGGAACGGUAAAAGAGUAGAGAACGUAAAUGUUUAUUACGUUUACACUCCUAAUGGAUUAAUUCAAUAUUCGCGUAAUCCAAGUCCUUCAGCCGAACUGAAAAACGCCUAUACAUCGGGAGUAUACUACCAAGAUGUUCAAAAUCCCAUCUACUCUUUCGCUCCUGAAAACUACUUUUAA